AAGUGCUAAAAAGAAAAAGCAGAGACUAAUCAAAUACAUUAGCCAACAGCUUAGGUUAGUAACGUAUCUGAAACCUUUUUGUGUGCAUUAGAAUUAUUUUGUCAGUCUGAUGGGAGUUACUUUUCUUUUUUUACCAUAUACUCUAGGUUUUGAAAUUUAGAUCUCUACAUGGGAAGCCAAUAAUGAGGACAACAAUGCAUAUUAUAGCACUCCUUGUGCUUGUUCUUCAUGUCCAGCAAACAGUCCCCCAGAUGGUGCAGUGUUAUGCCGCUUUUCGCCCAACAGAUGGAACGUGCAGUAAUAUUUUGGGGCAAGUGCCACUUGAUGAUUGUUGCAUGAACCCUGCAUAUGGCUAUCAGGAUAAAGGAAGUGAUUGCAAGUCUUGUAGGUAUGCUUCAUGGACCACGUGGUCCUCCUGGAGUGCAUGCUCAGUGACUUGUACUGAGGGAGUGAGGCAGAGACGACGUGCCUGUUACGGCUUAGGGAGGUGCCAUGACCCUCAGCUUGUAGGAAGGAUACAAACUGAACCUUGUGAAGACAUCAGCUGCUGUCCGAAAAAUGGAGGAUGGUCUGAGUGGAGUGGAUGGCAUCCAUGCUCAGUUACAUGUGAAAGAGGAGUCAAAAAGAGGAAGAGGACCUGCUCUAACCCCCCUCCCGUAUGCGGUGGUAUUUGCCAAGGCAACAACGAGGAAGUCACAGAUUGUGACACAGGGAUUGUCUGCCCAACUCAUGGCGGCUGGUCUGCAUGGGGUAACUGGGGUGCCUGUGCAGGGACAUGUGAAGUACAGGGGUUUUCUCCACCUCAACAGCAGAGACACAGGACGUGUACAAACCCUCCGCCAUCUCUUGUACCACGUGGCAAUAAUUGCCCAGGCUCAAGCACAGACACUCAACCCUGCACAGGACUGCCUUUUUGUCCAGUUAAUGGAAACUGGGGGGCAUGGUCGGCGGUCUCUGAUUGCUCUGUGACAUGUGGAGUGGGACAACAGGUAAAGCAACGUAAAUGUGAUAAUCCUGCACCCAAAUAUGGAGGCCAUGGCUGCCUAGGAGAAAACACCAAAACACUUCUCUGCACUGUUCCGAAAAACUGCCCAGCGGAUGGUCACUGGAAUGAGUGGUCUGAAUGGUCUCGCUGUGAUUCACCAAACCAAAGGACAAUUACAUGCAAGAAUAGAUUGGGGAGGCGAAGGCGACUGAGAGAGUGUUUAGGCAGGGAAUAUGAAGGAGCUUUCUGUGAUGGAGAUGGUGUAGAGUUCGACCGCUGCUAUGACAUUCAAGGCUGUAAAGCUGGGCCUGGUCAACAAAUACCAAGAGCCCUAUGGUCAGAAUGGUCUGGAUGGAGUUACUGUAAACCUGACUGUGGAGAACUUUCAACGCAGACAAGGAAGCGGGUGUGUAUACCUGACAUCUCAGAGUACAGUGAGCCCCUUAUAGAGAUUUUCUCAGGGAUCCCAGAUAUUACCUGUCCACCCUUGGACAAAACAGAAGAGACCAGACCAUGUCUAAAUCUUCCACCGUGUUAGAUCAGGUAUAUGGUCAUCAGGUGCACUCAGAAAUGGAAAAUGAAGUGUUAAAAGAAGUUUUAUCUACAAUGUUUCUAAGCUUUUCUUUCUGUGAUGCCUGUAUGUGCAAGCUUUCUGCUAUUCAGUCUAUUUCCUAAAACACACCUACCACUGAACGCACUGCAUUUGAGGGAGAUAUAGUAAUUGUAUUCCCAUCUGAAAUACAUUGGUAACAUUUCUAACGAUGUGUUUUCAUUUCACUUUAUGGUAGGACUGCAAAUUAAAUCUUAGAAUCUUACUAAUAAACGUUUCUUUUAAAAUAAAAUUAUGCAUACCAUUAUAUAGCAUAUCAUGUACUAAUAUAGGCCCAAUAAGUAUAUUAUAUAUACUUGCCUGAUUUUUUUGUCUCUUUUUGCUUGUAUUUACUGUACGUUUCCCUUUUUUGCAUUAUAUUAAUAAAACGCACUUUGUAUCUUUGAA